UUCGUCGGUUAUUUAGCCAACAAACAAACGCGGGCUUCGUCGCUGUUCCGAUUCGCCGGCGGUCGAUUCCUCGGCGCUCCGACCCCCCCUUCUCCAUGGACGGGAGGAAUGGAGCCUCUUCUCCAGCACCACAGAUCCGGUUUGGGCCGCCGGGAGGAGUCAAUCCCACCUUCUUUGCGCCGUCGCUCGCCGAGGGCCCGCGGCGGCGCCACCACUUGAGCUCCGAUUGCGGCUGCGGCGGCGGGAGGACGGUCCCUAAUCAGAAAUUUUUAUCAAUGGAUGACUUGUUGGAAUGCAAAAGGCAAAUAGAGAAGAGUAACGCGGCGGGAACUUCCCGAGAUGAAGACAAGCAGGAACGUCUAGUUCAAGAAAUUGAAGUUCUGAUGGAAGAUGAUAAAAAGUCUGAUCAAGCCCAACAAUUCAUGGUGGCAAUCCCCAGCUUCAUCUCCUUCCUCGUCGGGGACAGGAGAAGGAGCGGGGCUCACGUUGGAGAGGAUCCGCCGGCUACUGCUGUUCUAGGUUAUAUCCAUCUAUGUACAUGCUGCGCUAAGAGGAUGGACACCACUAAGGGCCUGAAUCAUUUGGGCUUCAGUUGCAGUGACAGAGAUUGUCUGAUGAACAACCAAACAGACAAGAAGAAAAAAAAAAUUAAACCAUGGAGAGCUUCGACCGCCCAGGUGUCUCGUCGGAGCAAGCCGAGCUCCGUCGGCAGCGACGGCAAUGCACACAACGAGGCAAAUAAAAAAGAUGAUGGUGAUGAUUGGGAAAGCUACAUAUGUGUGGCCAUCGCAUGAACUGUAAUUUGCGUCCACGUCGAUCGAUCGUCGUCGUCGUCUUGCGCCGAAUGAUCACUUGUGAUGAGACUCCGGAGUCCAGGAUGAUCGUUAAUUGCUUGUUCAUGCAUGCCAAAAAUGAUGGAAUCUCUUAGGCGAUUUUGUUGUUUGUUAAUUUGUUGUUGUUGCUGCUGCGAUAGAUCUCUAACUAAUCAAGCUGCUGUUUGCAGUUUAUGCAGAAACAAUAAUGGCUUCAGAGGCACAGUCAAGGAGAGUUAAUUUCGGCCUUGGCCAAAUCAUGGAGGCUUUAGACAAAGAACAUGACUAGCAUAUGAUGAAAUUGGGUAUUAAUUACUAAAGACUUGGAAAAAUGUUUAUUUGAUUUUUUGAGCAACUUCUAUAUAGAAUUUUUCUGAACAGAUAUUACUAUUUAGCUGUUUAAAAUACAUGCUAACAAAACAAACAAAUAUA